CUUUCGCAAGUUUUGUUUGCACCCCGCGCUCAAAGCCGUGUGCAAGAAGUCAGAAAAUCACAUGGAUAGACUGAGGAUAGGAUUUAGAGCCCUCCUCCAGCUCUCGAGACCCCACAGAUACACAGCUGUAUGCACUAAUCGGACAGCUUUACCCGAAGUGGAAGUUGUUUGCCCAGGGAGGUGGGUGUGGUAUGGAGGUCUUCAGAAGCCUUUCCUCACAGUACACCUUGCAGAAGAUAUGUACUUUGGGGCGUCUGGAGAUUGAGCUGACCUUUGGGGGUACAGUGCAUGGUCUGAGAAUGGUGACCGAGAGAUAGAAUAGUAGAAGGCUAGAGAGAGAGAAAGGAUUAGGAUGAGAGAUCCGACCCCAGCAGGGACAGACUCAGAACAGCAAAGACCGAGAGCUGGAGACACUAAGGGAAAUCAUGACCCCCAUCUUGGGUUAGGGUCUGGGAGCCAUUUCUCAGAGAGAGGAGAUUUUCCAUCCUCUCCCAUCCCAUAUUCCUGAAUCAGCUUUUGUGCCUGACUUUAAGGUCUCGUUGCCCCUGUACCCCAACCCUGACCCAGGUCUAGAGAGACAAGGCAAGCAAUUUCCUUCAUGGGACAGAGCCUCGAAUCUGGGACUCCUCUGCUCAGUCUACAGCUUGUGUGACCUUGGACUGUCUGUCCCCACACCUCAGUUGCUCAUCUUUGAAAAGAGCAUGAGAGAAACGUUUGCCUAACAUCCUUGCAGUUUGAUGUUCUUCUGUGGUCCCCAGCAUUCUGUUACUAGGGUCCAUCCCGUCCAAUUCUAGUCCGGUAAUGGACUACCAAAGCCAAGGGCUGCCCCAGAAAGGAGCCUGCACACAGGGGAACAAGUUCGGGGGGUGCUCCAAGCAUGGGCAGCAGGACUAUUUGCCGAAAAAUCCUCAGUGACUUCUAUGUGGGUCCACAUACAUGUGCAUGGGGGUAGACCAGCGGAUGGGAAAGGUAUCCUGAUGUGUGCCGUUUGUCCAUCAACACAGGGUUUUGUGGGGAUCUGGGUCAGUCCGUGGGAUCGUGUGUAUUCGAGUCCAUAUGUGCCUGAAGCUGUGAAUCUGCACAUGACUCCAAGGGAAGCACAGUUGUACAUGCGUGUGUGCGUGCGUGUGGUCACCCUGUGAGUGUGUGUGUGCGCGCGCACAGGUCUAUUGUACCCUUGUUUGUAUUUAACAAAUGCUUCUGUGUUUUCUGUUUGCCAGUGCAUUGUUCUAAGCACUUUAUGCACGUCAGCUAGUUAAACUUCCCAACAACCCUUUGAGAAAGGUGUCUUCCCGAAUUUUUAUGAGCUUGCCCAGACCCACUGUGACCAUUGUCUAUCUUACGUCAACUCUGCCGACCUCUGUACCUCACUGCGUUGUGGUAUGGAGCCCCUAGGACCCCAGAAAGCUCUAUAGGGAAGCUGAAGUCUAUGCAGAGAAUUUUCCUGGUUUAGGAGGAUCCUACGCUGAAGGCGGGACAGAUGCCAGUGUGGCUGUGCAGGGACCUUGCUGGGGCAUGUGCGUGCGCUGGACCAUCUCCUGCUUCAGGUCUGAGGGGUUGUAGUCCAAGGGACAGGUUUGGCCGACCCACCCACCAUCCUGUGGGAUCCCUAGGCUCAUCUGGAGUCAGCAAACAACUGGCAGCCUGCCCAUUCUCUCUCCUGCGUCCAGAUGUGUACAGGUGGACGCCGACGAUGUCUUUACCAAAGAGGAACAGAUUUUCCUGCUGCACCGCGCCCAGGCCCAGUGUGACAAGCUGCUCAAGGAAGUCCUGCGCACGGCAGCCAACAUAAUGGAUUCAGAUAAGGGAUGGACACCAGCAUCCACAUUGGGGAAGCCCAGGAAAGAGAAGGCUUCAGGAAAGUUCUACACUGAAUCUAAAGAGAACAAGGAGGUGCCCACUGGUAGCAGGCGCCGAGGACGCCCCUGCCUGCCGGAGUGGGACAACAUCGUUUGCUGGCCACUAGGGGCACCAGGUGAAGUGGUGGCGGUGCCCUGUCCGGACUACAUUUAUGACUUCAAUCACAAAGGCCAUGCCUACAGACGCUGUGACCGCAAUGGCAGCUGGGAGGUGGUUCCCGGGCACAACCGAACAUGGGCCAACUACAGCGAGUGCCUCAAAUUCAUGACGAACGAGACUCGGGAACGGGAGGUGUUUGACCGCCUAGGCAUGAUCUACACCGUGGGAUACUCCAUGUCCCUCGCCUCCCUUACCGUGGCUGUGCUCAUCCUAGCCUAUUUCAGGCGGCUGCACUGCACGCGCAACUACAUCCACAUGCACAUGUUCCUGUCGUUUAUGCUGCGUGCCGCGAGCAUCUUUGUGAAGGACGCAGUGCUGUACUCUGGCUUCACGCUGGAUGAGGCCGAGCGCCUCACUGAGGAAGAGUUGCAUAUCAUCGCGCAGGUGCCGCCUCCGCCCGCCGCUGCUGCCGUUGGCUACGCUGGCUGCCGUGUGGCUGUGACCUUCUUCCUUUACUUCCUGGCCACCAACUACUACUGGAUUCUGGUGGAGGGGCUGUACUUGCACAGCCUCAUCUUCAUGGCCUUUUUCUCCGAGAAGAAGUACUUGUGGGGCUUCACCAUCUUUGGCUGGGGUCUUCCAGCUGUCUUCGUGGCUGUGUGGGUCGGUGUCAGAGCAACCUUGGCCAACACUGGGUGCUGGGACCUGAGCUCCGGGCACAAGAAGUGGAUCAUCCAGGUGCCCAUCCUGGCAUCUGUUGUGCUCAACUUCAUCCUCUUCAUCAACAUCAUCCGGGUGCUUGCCACUAAGCUUCGGGAGACCAAUGCAGGCCGAUGUGACACAAGGCAGCAGUACCGGAAGCUGCUCAGGUCCACGCUGGUCCUUGUGCCUCUCUUCGGUGUCCACUACACCGUCUUCAUGGCCUUGCCGUACACCGAGGUCUCAGGGACACUCUGGCAGAUCCAGAUGCACUAUGAGAUGCUCUUCAACUCCUUCCAGGGAUUUUUUGUCGCCAUCAUAUACUGUUUCUGCAAUGGUGAGGUACAAGCAGAAAUCAGGAAGUCUUGGAGCCGCUGGACACUGGCAUUGGACUUCAAGCGCAAAGCACGAAGUGGGAGUAGCAGCUAUAGCUAUGGCCCAAUGGUGUCUCACACAAGUGUGACCAAUGUAGGCCCCCGUGCAGGACUCAGCCUUCCCCUCAGCCCCCGCCUGCUGCCUGCCACCACCACCAAUGGCCACUCCCAGUUGCCUGGCCAUGCCAAGCCAGGGGCUCCAACUGUUGAGAAUGAAACCAUACCAAUUACUAUGGGGGUUCCCAAGGACGAUGGAUUCCUCAAUGGCUCCUGCUCAGGCCUGGAUGAGGAGGCCUCUGGGGCUACACGACCACCUCCAUUGCUGCAGGAAGAGUGGGAAACAGUCAUGUGACUGGGAACCAGGGACUGGACUCCUGGCGUGGACAAAUGGAUAGAUGGACCAAAAGGCCAAUGGUUGGCUGGUUGUCCAUUCAGGACUGGAUCAGGAAGAAAAACAAAAGGAAAAAAAAAAGAAAAAAAGAAAAAGGGAGCUGUGUGGCUUCCUGUGUUUCAUUC